GUCUCAUUUUAAAACUCAAAUCAUUGCGUAAAACACAUAUCAAUCUAUUCAUACUCAAUAUGGCAAUCGCCGAUUUGCUCACCACUCUGUUCUGUCCGUGGAUGGCACUCGUGGACGUAAUCCAUCAGAAUUAUGUUUUGGGACCCGUUUUCUGUAAAUUAGAGGGCUUUAUCAAAAUGUUAUGUCUAUUGGCGAGCGUUUUAUCGUUGGUUAUCAUAUCCGUCGACCGUUUCAUUGCAAUCGCGUAUCCAUUCAAACGACACCUAAAUAAGAGGGCCUCAUAUUUAAUCAUAUUUGCCAUUUGGUCGUUGGCUAUCAUACUGUCCAGUCCUCUGGCCUAUUGGCGAUUGUAUCGCGAGAGGCAAUGGUUAGACUAUCUGGAGAUAUGGUGUGCAGAGGAUAGCGCGGAGACAUCGAAAUACUAUUGGAUUUUCCUAAUGCUUCCUCUCGUAUACUUCCCCCUCAUUGUAAUGAUUAUUGUCUAUUCAGUGAUCAUAAAACAUAUGGAUCGGUACGAGAGGAUGACCGCAAUCAACGAUAUACCGGUGCGCUUGAAAUAUAGCCGUGUCCUCAUUCGGAUGCUCUUCAUCUAUAUAUUAACGACAAUUAUUUGUUGGUUUCCAUUGCAAGUGGUAGUGAUGUACCGGCGCUUUAAAUCACCCACAGCUGAAUUACCAUAUUGGUAUAUUGAUGGUUGUUUUGUAGCUCAGGUAUUUGCUUCGGCCAACUCAGCCGUCAACCCAAUCAUCACAUUUCGCAAAACAUUUGCUAAUUUAUUGCCAAAACUAUUGGUUUCAAAGAAGAACACCAAUCGUGUCGUACCGCUGGACGUGGCUAUCAUUCAGUGCCAGUUAGACAUCGCUCGCCAAUCGGUGCCCACAAAUAGCGCCGACAAACAGAAACAACUUCUUAUGGCAAAUAUAGACAAUGGGUUGGAAACAAAUACAACCAGUUUUACGAAACAAAUUAUGAUGAAUAGAGCGCCAGAAAUAUUUCUCAGAGACGACAGUUGAUUAUAAUUACCCUCAUUUCACCCC